ACAUGCACGACGGUUAACAAUUUCACUUCACUUAGUCACUUAUCCCUUACAAAAGUUACUUGUGGUUCACUUGAACCUUAUUUUGGCAGCACAAGUGAAAUUGUCGACGUCGGGCGCUUAUUCUCGGUUGCCUUCACUUAUGCUCACUUGACACUUCCUGCAUGUUGCCCACUGAGCAAGUGAGUACAAGUGACCAAAAGUGAACCCAAAGUGAACCCCUGCAAGUCUCAGUGACCCCAACAAGGCCCCUGCCGGGCAAAAUAGGCAUCAGCAGUCGCGGCAGCUACUAUGUAAAUACUCCAAGGCUGUGUUAUGCACCUACAUAGCCCGCCAUCACCGUCAAACCGCCCAGUUUUCUGCUCGCCGCCUGUGAUGCGCCGACGCUGAUGUACAGUUACGUAGCCUUUGGCGACGAUUCGUCUCGCGGUGGCCUGACUGUAAUGUGAGUGUUCGUGACCCAUCGCAGUGAUAACUCACAUCGCGAGCUAGACUGGUGACUGGAGCGAG